AAGAAGAAGAAGAAGAACAGACUUAACGAAUUCGAGUCACGAGUGUUAUAUAUCUUUUCCCUAAUAAACCUCGAUAGAAGCAACACGAAGAAAAUUUUAGAAGAUUCCAGAUUCGGACAGUCAGGUCAGUCAUUCCUGAUCAAUCCGGAUUUAUUCUGAUUCAUUCUGCAGCCCUUUGCGUUUUGCUGAAAAGUGAAUUUCUGGAUAUCGGUCCAUCAACAUCCAUUUCGUCUCGGUGUUGUGCAAAACUCGUGAUAUUGUAAAAUCUAGCAACUAGCAACAAUGGCAACAAAGAUCGAGGAGAUAAAAUUAGAUAUUGAGGAACUUAACAACUUACUCAAGCAAGCUAAUAGACAACGAAUCAAAGAUAUAUUAACGCUGGAAAUAAAGAAACUGCAGACGCAAAUAGAAACGGCAAGAUUACUGGAACAGAAGAACAUGUCCACGACAACUUCGCUCAAUACUGCCCAAAAGUGCUACGAAGUGAAACUGAACAACUAUGGGUGGGACCAGACGAACACAACAAUGAAGAUUUACAUAACAUUAAGCAAUGUUCACCAGCUGUCCAAGGAGGCCAUUACCUGCAAUUUUACAGAGAAAUCUCUGGAUCUAUAUAUAUUCGGACUAGAUAAUAAAAAUUAUCACUUACCGAUUAACAAUCUGUGUGCGGGAAUCGAUAUCGAGAAGAGUAACUUUAAAGUAAAAACCGAUAUGAUUGUUGUGUCACUCGUAAAAAAGAUUGCCAAAGAGUGGUCGCACGUCACAUUGGUGGAGAAGAGAAUCAAGGACGCGAAAUCGCCAUCCAUGCCUGAGUUAGGUGAGGACACCGAUCCUAGCGCCAGUCUCAUGAAUCUUAUGAAAAAAAUGUAUCAGGAUGGCGACGAUGAGACGAAGAAAACCAUAGCGAAGGCAUGGACUGAAAGUCAGGAAAAACAAAGAAAUGGCGCAAGUUUAGAUUUGUAAUUUCGGUAUCAAUCUAUCUAGACAUGUUUUAUGCAUUUCUUUUUUGAUACAUUAAAAAGUAUAAUAUAAAUUAUAGAGAACAAUCCUCUCA